AGAGUGAUCUGGACCCCUCCAUAUCAGUCAUCAGUCAGGAAAAGAUCUAGCACAUCUGUCCAUGGACCGGUCUGUUGGGGGCAUUUUUUCCUUCUUUUUCUCAGGACAGGGUCACACUAUAUAGUCCUCACUGUAUAGCUGACCUGAAAUUAACUAUGUAGAUGUGGCUGGCCUCACACUUACAGAGAGCCAUCUACUUCUGCCUCUCAGAUGCUGGGACUAAGGGUGUGUGGCACUAUGCCUGGCACUGGGGGCAUGUUUUCUAUUGAGUUUCUAGUUCUUCCAAAAUGACUGACUGGCCAUUUUGCAUACUGCUCUUCACAAGAGCAGGAAGUGUUCCUCAUUAGUGAGUCAUCUCUGCAGUCCACCUAAGAAGAAAUCGUAAGGGAGGCUAGGCUAUUUUGGCUUACAGUUUAAGGAUACAGACCAUCAUGGCAGGAAAGGCAUUGCAGGAAGAGCUUGAGGUACCUGAUCACAUUGUGUCUCUUUAUCAGGAACCGCUGAUAAGUGCUAGUUCUCUAAUCCCCCUGUUCUCUGAAUAUGUUGCGUUCUAACCUGUAUCUGAUGAGCACGUAAAACAUUACAGGAAUCGGAGAGAAAAUAGGUGUUAUAAAAGCAGCAUGUGAUGGACACCAACUGUUGGAAAGCUGCUCCCUUCUGUACAGGUGUGGUGGGCGAGGAAUCCGAAGAGCGGAUACCAGGAGAAUUAGAGCUGUUUUCUUCUACAUGUGUGAGACUGCAGUUUUGGGACAGCUGGUGUUGACUGUGUUUUGGUGCUUUAGAUAAUCAGAAUUAAUUGUAAAUGCUGCAGGGACCAAUGUGCAAGAAGUUAGCACAAUGUAUUGGAACAAGGAUGGUCCUAUCCUGUUGUUGCUUUACCGGAUGGCUCCAAUCUACUUUGAGAAUUACUGUGUGAGAGAUUCUUAGUGUGUAUGAAACCUGAGUAUGAUGACGAGGAUAUGACUUAAACAUGAAGAGUGUUGUAUCUAACCAAUUUCUUAUGAACUAAGCUUAGAUCUCUAGUACUAUGAUACUCAUACUUCCUUGUGGAAAUGUAUAUGGGCUCUUUCAGGAGUCAGUGGCCUUUGAGGAUGUGGCUGUGAACUUCUCCCUGGAGGAGUGGGCUAUGCUGAAUCCAAACCAGAAGAACCUCUACAAAGAUGUGAUGCAGGAAACCUUGAGGAACCUGGCUUCUAUAGGAAGCAGUUUGGAGCACCAUAUCAUUGAAAAUAUAUACCGAAAUUCCUGGAGAAAACUAAGCGGUCAAGUGGUGGAGGGGCUCUAUGACUGUAAAGAUGACCAUCAGUGUGCAGAAAUCUUCGACUUCACUACACACAGUAUUGUAAACCAGAACUCCUUACAAGGAGUGCACAUAUGUGAAAACAGUGGGUGUGCAACAGUAGUCAUUGGCCAUUUGUCUCUAAGUGUGCUCCUUAAGCCUGACACAGAGCGUGCGUCAUACGAAGAGGACUACGGAAAGGAAUUGUACAGUUCAGAGCAACUUGGGGCAGCCUCCAAUUCUCUCACAUCAUUUGAGAACUAUGAAAAUACUUACACUCUACAGAGACUGUUUAAAACUGAGCAAUGUGAUGAAGACUAUAGAUAUGGUCAAAAUGUUGAAAAGACUUUCAAUGAAGACAAGCCCUUUGAGUGUAAGCAGUGUGGGAAAUGUUUCAGUUCCUCCAGGUACUUUCGAAGGCAUGAACGACGUCAUCGUGCUAAGAAAUGCUAUAUCUGUAAGCAGUGUGGGAAAGCUUUUGCUUUUCCCACCUACCUACAAACACAUGAAAGAAUUCACACCGGGGAGAAGCCCUAUGUGUGCUUGCAGUGCGGGAAAACCUUUGCUCAUUCUCGUUCCCUUAAAACACAUAAAAGAACUCACUCUGUUAGGGACCUCUUUGUGUGCAAUUACUGUGGGAAAACCUUACGUCAUUACAGUUCUCUUCAAAUUCAUACAAGAAUUCACACAGGAGAGAAACCUUACGUGUGUAAACCAUGUGGCAAAGCCUUCAUUACUUACCGUUCCUUUCGAAUACAUGAAAGAAUUCACACUGGAGAAACACCGUAUGAAUGUAAGCAGUGUGGAAACACUUUCAUGCGUUGGAUUCAAUUACGAAAACAUGAAAUCAUUCACAGUGGUGUGAAACCCUAUGCUUGUAAGCUAUGUGGAAAAAGCUUCACUUGUUCUGGGUCCCUGAGGACACAUGAAAGGAUUCACACUGGGGAGAGACCCUAUGUGUGUGACCAGUGUGGUUAUAGCUUUACUCGGUUGAAUUCACUUUUGAGACAUAAAAUAACCCACACUGGUGAGAAGCCCUAUGUGUGUAAUCAUUGUGGGAAAACUUUUCCUCGCUCUGCUUCCCUUCAGAGACAUGUCAAAAUUCACACCGAGGAGAAACCUUAUGUAUGCAAGCAGUGUGGGGUUGCCUUUGCUAGCUCUACUGACCUUUUAGAACACGAGCAAACUCACAUUGAUGAAAAACCUUACAUCUGUGAGCAAUGUGGGAAUGCCUUCGUGCUGUGGAGUCAGUUUCAGAAGCAUAAAGCACUUCACGCUGUCCCGGUUUCCUACGUGUGUAAGCAGUGUGGGAAGAGCUUCACUUCUUCGAGGUCACUGAAGACACACGAGAGAAUCCACACUGGCGAGAAGCCCUAUGAGUGUAAGCAGUGUGGGAAAACCUUCCUGUGGUCUUAUUCCCUUCAGAGACAUGAAAAAACUCAUACUGAUGGGAAGCUCCAUGUGUGCAAACAGUGUGGGGAAACUUUCCCUUAUGACAGUCAUCUGCAGGUGCAUGAAAAACUGCACUUUGACGAUGAGCCUUUCAAUUGUAAGUACUGUGGGAAACCCUUCUUCACGUUGAACCAUUUACAUAGACAUGAAUUACUUCACACUACCCUGGAUUCCAGUGUUUUUUAGUAAUGUGAGAUUUUUUUUUUUUAAUUUUUAUU